UCGACCUUUUACAUCUUUCUUAUCUUAUCAUGAAUCCCGAAUCAGCUUCCAUUCGAUGAAUUGUGAAAGAACUUCGAAACUACGAAAGUGGAUUUCAUUUUUGAAGUUUUAUACCCGCAUUUAAGUUUAUUGCAUAUUUCGAAGUUCGACAGAUGAAAAUAUUUUCCAAGUGUUCAUCGUAUUCAUCUUGAACUGUUUUUCGUAUUUGGCUUCAGUUCGAUUCGAGUUCCGCAAUUUGUUAUCUGCUGGAUACCGUAGCUGUAGGCUCUUCCAGUCUUCGACAUGAUUUCUUUACGUAUUCAAUUGUACUACGAACUGAACAUUGUACGAUGAAAAUUCAAUAAUGUCCCCAAACUUAUGCAACGACUGGGUUAAACGCUGUGAUAGUUUAUUUAAGAAGAACUCUGCCAAAUUUUAUAAGUGUGCUGAACUGCAAGAAACUCUUAGAGUAAAGUUCAUUGAAACGAACACCGAAUACAAAUUUUUAAAAACAUGGCUUCAUACAGCCUUCGAAGAUACGAUUACACUGAAACGAGAACAUGGUGAUUUGAGCCGCCUGUACCAAGUAUUAUUAAAAAAUAACUUGAUCAAAGAAUUAAUCGACUAUUUUACGAACAAGGAAAUGGUGCAGCUGAAAUACAUAGAAACGCAAAACCAGUGCAUGAAUUUAAGAAACAGCCUCGGCAUCACCAAUAAGGAUAUAGUAUCUUUGACAUCUGAGCAUGAAGAAUUAACUCGUCGUUAUAGUGCCAUUUUACAAAACGUUUUCGUCGAUAAAGUACUCGAUGUUUAUGCUCAUCAACAAGAAGCUCUACAAUUGAAAUUUGUAGAAACGGUCGACAAAUGUGAAAGCCUAUAUACAUCUUUGAACGAAGCUUACGAAGCUACCAUGCUGUUGAUUUCUGAGCACGAUGAAAUAGUAAAACGUUACCAAGAAUUAUCAGCGAUCAACAUCGUGAAAGAAUUUCUCGAGUAUUCCAAAUAUCGAGAAACGAACCGGUCGCAAUUCGUUGAGAAAUCCGUCCAGUGUCGACUUUCAGAAUCCUACUUGGAUCAAGCGGAAACAGAAGCUCGAGAAAUGUUGAAUACCGAGCGACUAGAACGCGAGCAAGUUGAAAGUGAACGUGAUUCUUUGGUUUAUUUAUCGGAUGAAUUAUGUCGCGUAUUGUUGGACUAUCAACGUCGUACGUUACCGAACGAUAGCGAUGAAAAAUACAACAAAGUACGCGAGUCAAUCGAACAUUCUAUAAAUUACGACGCCGAAUCUGACACCGAAUCAAAAGACGGUAUUUUGGAUAUCAAUGAUCAAAUAUCAUGCUUGAACGAAGCAAGCAACGAGUCUAUCGAUGUGAAAAGCGAACCACCCGAAGUAGCGACCGUUUUUCUCGAAGUUCCGACGAACGAAACACUCGAGUUAUCGAGUUCUCAUUUCGACUGUGAUAAUUCCUUCGUAGAAAACUCUGAUGUUAGUGCGUUAACAUCGGAGCCAGAUAGAAAAUACAAUUCGUUCGUUCAAACUGAAAUUCCAAAUACUCGAAAAUUAUAUGGCGAAAUCCAUCAGCUGCAUCCUACCAUCAAAAUAUCCAAUUUGACUGGAGCAUUAACCCAAUCACUGAGUAAAUCCGUACUUUACGACAAACCUUCCCCGAAGAUAAUAAAUCCGAUUGGAAAUGCUCAUGAUCUUGUAGAGACAGAAUCAUUGCUUUGUGAUAAAUGUGGGCAAUCAUUCGAUACCAAAAAGCAUAAACAAUGCCCAAUUUGCAAUAUUGUACGUCCAAAUAAACGAGGUCGUAAACCGAAAAUCUUUUCAACGGAUUCAAAUAUAAACAUGAUCGAUGGCUCGGAUUCGCGUUGUGAUAUUUGCCUGCGAAAUUAUUCAUCCAAAAACAGCCUGAAGAAACACAUUCGCGCAAUUCACGAUGGACAAAAACCGUACAAAUGCCCAGAAUGCGAUAAAAGCUUUUCCGCAAAAUGUAACCUGAAAACCCACGUAAUAAUACACAGCUCUGAAAAACCGUUCCAAUGUUCGAGCUGCGACGAAUGUUUCAGAGAUCCUAGUUCUAAAAGGCGACACGAACUAUCGCACGGAGAAGCUCGUUUUUUCUGCGCAGUUUGUGAUCAACGUUUCUUUCGCAAAGAUCAAGUGCUUCGCCAUAUUCGAAAGGAACAUUUAUCAAUUCAUCGCAAUAGUAAUAAGAAAUUUAAAUGUACUAUUUGCGCCAAAUUGCUCGCAUCGAAGCAGAUCUUGAAUCGACAUUAUUGCAGGGUGCAUAAGUUCGAAGCAUCUCGCUUGAUUAUUUCAAGAAGUACGGAUUUUCAUUGCGCGCACUGCGAAAAAAGAUAUGUGAAGAAAAAUCAUCUCGCGAAACAUUUGCAAAAACACGGUUUCGUGAUAGACUUGAGCAGCCUGGACGAAUAUGAUGAAGAAGUACUGCAAAUGAAAUUUAUUGAAGUCCAGAAUGACUACGAGAGUUCUAAAAAAGCGCCUAUUUGAUUAAACACCGGAAAUAAUUACGUGUAUUAGCGAAUAUGUCGGGAAAAUUUGUAUGGCAUCAUCGAGUCAUUUUUUGAGUGAGUGUUGCUAGCCAAAUGUCAAGACUGAAGAUUCUCAUUAACUUAUUCGUUUUGUAUUUUAUUCAGUUGCGAGAAUGAACAAGAUAUUUUCUAGUCAAGAUCGAUCGAAGUAACCGACGAAUACGAUCGAUUCAAAAUAAUGCAUCAUUCGGUUAGACCUGAGAUUAAUAGAAGAUCAACGAGAGUUGAAUGAUUCACGAUGUGCGCAAAGCGCAAAUAUUAUUUAGCAUACAAUGCUUUUGUUAUUAAUGUGAUUCAGUAAAAUGGAUGAAACUUU